UAAACGUUCUUCGGAAAUUCGCCAUUCUUGGAGCUGCCUGUCUGCAGAACAAGCAUGGAUAUGCAUGGGGCAGAGGUCAGAAGAUGUGGGAUACGACGGGACCCGCCAGCACUGGUUGUUGUCUAUCAUCUGGGGUUAAAAACUCGAAAGAGAACAAUAAAGUUAGCUGAUGUUCGUGACAAAAGCGUUGUAGACCUGUUCAAUGAACUAAUGAGGGAUCCGUCCACCAAAAACUUGUUACAGAAUGUCCCCAAAGCACAACUGAUGCGGUUGCUGACUAUACUCAGGGAUCUGAUACACAAUGUUCCGCUUCAUGAAAGUAUCAAGAGAUGUGACGAAGAAGAUGUGAUUUCCUCUGGUGAAGACUUGAACACUGUCCACCCUGACUUGUUGGAAAGGUUCCGGCUGCGCACCUCUGGUGAUGCAGGGGCCUCCGCAGUUGGAAUGCUGGGCUCUGAAUCUGUCAAGGACCGUUUCUAUGACGCUCUAGGUGCCCUUCUAAAGCAGGCUAAAAGCUCAGAUAUCGUUGUGAUUGCUGGCGAAAUGGACGCCCAGGUAGAUAGACUAAGCGCUGCUGAGGCCCGAUUGGGUGGUCGUCCUGGUUUGGACACGGGACGCACGGACAACGGAGGCCGCUUACUUCAGAUAAAAAAGGCUAUCAUGGAUGAGCUUUUCGAACAAAACCGGAUAGACCCAACUCACCCGGAGUUUGAGUACGACAAGGAAGUGGACUUUCCGCAGGAUAAAGUCGAGACUUGUUUGUGGGAUUCUGAUGAGUGUGAGCUCUGAUUGGCGGAAUUUUUCGAUGAAAUCGGUGUUGAUUCUGUCAGCUGUACCAAUCUUACGAAUUCCGGUUCUGGGGAUAGAUAAGUUUGAUUUAUGGCGGGAGCUCCUCAACAUUUUAUCGGUUUACUAUCCAUUGGAUUCUGCUAAGACUCAUGAGAAAUGAUGUACGGGAAAUGAUGUAUGUGAACUGUAUCCCAAAGUCCUUCUUGUUUAGAGACCGCAUGAAAAUGGCAUUUCUGUGAAUUGGAUACAACUUCUCAAUCUUAAUAAACAAAUGUAUACAGACG